CCCAACUUUCAGCUUUGCUCACCGCUGUCCAGCAUUCUACGAUGAAUUGUUUUUUGAAGACCUUUUUUAUCGCUUUUUCCCACCAUGUGUUUUUCUACGUUGUGGAAUCCUCCGUGCUUCCUACAUUUACAGUGGUUUUGAAUGAGACUGUCACACUCCCCUUCUCUGGAUCAUGUGAUGGUAUUAUUGAAUGGAAGCAUCGCUAUGAGAGUGAAUCAGCAGGUGUUACACACACCACGGUCGCUACACUGUACCGAGGAGAUUUCACACCUGGAGUGGGCUUUGAGAACAGGGUUAAACACGGGGAUGGAGACCUCUAUCUCAACAUCACCUCUGUUGUAUUUAAUGACAUGGGGUGGUUUGAGUGUCACUGUGGUGAGACUCAAGAAGAUGUAAAAGUUGUAGUUUUAGCCCCCAUUGUUGUAGGCCAACCUGCUUACAUUGGAUCUAAUUUUCAACUCAACUUCUAUAUCUUAACUAAAAAACAAACUCCUGACAGUGAGGUAAACAUCUACUGCAAAAAGGAUGGACAGACUGUUCUGAAUGUCACGGCAGGGAAUAUAAUCUAUGGCCCUCGGUUUGAGAACUGGGAUUCUGGGUCCAACGAUGAUUACAGACAGGGACACAUUUCCCUCCCCCUCACUGACCUACGCCGUUCUGAUCAGGGGACAUACCUGUGUUUCUUCGGCCCUGACAAACAGAGAGGAAAUCCAGAAGCUGUUACUGUCACUCCCAAAGAGAAGCACUGUGACGACACAGGAAGGCCAACAAUGGUGGUGGUGGUUGUUUUGGUGAUCAUCCUAGCUGCUGUUGUUUUCAAUUUUCUUGGAGGUAAAUUGAAAGAAACAAUGGCUGCGUGGUUUAAAGGGAAUUGUUUGAGAUCUCAGUUCAGUCCCUGUCCAGAAGGUGAACAGGGUGGGGAGCAUCUCUCUGUCACCAUAAGUGAAGGUGAAUCAGAGACAGAAGAAGACAGGACUGGGACAAGGACAUGUUGUGUCCCCUUUGCACCUGCUUGUAUCAUCAGAGCUCUGUCAGAACCUCCCUCUACCCCAGGCCUUGUUACCAAUGGUACUAAUGGACCUCCCUCUAGCCCAGGCCUUGUUACCAAUGCUACUGAUGGACCUCCCUCUACCCCAGGCCUUGUUACCAAGGCUACUGAUGGACCUCCCUCUACCCCAGGCCUUGUUACCAAUGGUACUAAUGGACCUCCCUCUACCCCAGACCUUGUUACCAAUGCUACUGAUGGACCUCCCUCUACCCCAGGCCUUGUUACCAAGGCUACUGAUGGACCUCCCUCUACCCCAGGCCUUGUUACCAAUGGUACUAAUGGACCUCCUUCCACCCCAGGCCUUGUUACCAAUGGUACUGAUGGACCUCCCUCUACCCCAGGCCUUGUUACCAAGGCUACUAAUGGACCUCCCUCUACCCCAGGCCUUGUUACUAAUGGUACUGAUGGACCUCCCUCUACCCCAGGCCUUGUUACCAAGGCUACUGAUGGACCUCCCUCUACCCCAGGCCUUGUUACCAAGGCUACUGAUGGACCUCCCUCUACCCCAGGCCUUGUUACCAAGUCUACUGAUGGACCUCCCUCUACCCCAGGCCUUGUUUCCAAGGCUACUGAUGGAACUCCCUCUACCCCAGGCCUUGUUACCAAUGGUACUGAUGGACCUCCCUCUACCCCAGACCUUGUUACCAAUGGUACUGAUUGACAUUCCUCUAUCCUAGGCCUUGUUAUCAAGGCUACUGAUGGACCUCCCUCUACCCCAGGUCUUGUUACCAAGGCUACUGAUGGACCUCCCUCUAAUGUCUAUUUCAGGAGUGUUUACUGUCUCCAGUUUGUUUAAUAAAAUGUUGAACUUAAACUUUUGGUAGUUGAAUGUAUUUUGUACAUGAUCAAUUCAUUUUACACAUCAGAUUAUGGAUAUACCUCAAAUGUUAUUCUACAAGAUCCAGACUCAAAACAACUGAAUCAAUCGUUAAACAACAUGGUUUACAAUAUGUGAUGAUGGAUACUGUAUACCUCUGUGUGCUGUGUAGGUCUACUAUGAUGGAUACUGUAUACCUCUGUGUGCUGUGUAGGUCUACUAUGAUGGAUACUGUAUACCUCUGUGUGCUGUGUAGGAUACUGUAUACCUCUGUGUGCUGUGUAGGUCUACUAUGAUGGAUACUGUAUACCACUGUGUUCUUUGUAGGUCUACUAUGAUGGAUACUGUAUACCACUGUGUUCUUUGUAGGUCUACUAUGAUGGAUGCUGUAUACCUCUGUGUGCUGUGUAGGUCUACUAUGAUGGGUACUGUAUCUGUGUGCUGUGUAGGUCUACUAUGAUGGAUACUGUAUACCUCUGUGUGCUGUGUAGGUCUACUAUGAUGGAUACUGUAUACCUCUGUGUGCUGUGUAGGUCUACUAUAAUGGAUACUGUAUACCUCUGUGUGCUGUGUAGGUCUACUAUGAUGGAUACUGUAUACCUCUGUGUGCUGUGUAGGUCUUCUAUGAUGGAUACUGUAUACCUCUGU